AUGCAGAUAAUAACACCGUGGGCGGGACUCGAAGGCAGAAAAGAAUCUGGUAGCGUGACCGGGUCAAGGCUGUUUCUGACACACUUAGCCAUUCCUCCAGGAGAUCCAGAACCUGGCGUGCCCUCGAAAACCUACAAGAAGAGGAUGACUCUGCGGCAGCCGCCAUUGUCUGCUAAAGAGGACAAGAUGUGGAGCGGACAGGCCCGAUGAUGGAUGAUGGCUGGAAAUGAAAGUGAGCCACUGUUGCAUAAAUAGUGCAACUAUUGUCGAUCACAAAGGCUCUCACUUUCCUACCAAAGUACUGCUAUCUAUAUCUGGAUCAAUGUAUCUCAGGAUCGACUCUUCCCCGUGGUAUCGUGAUUCGAUACUUAUUUUAAAGUAUAUAUUGUGUUCGGUGGGUCAACCUUAUUAAAUUUAGGAAAAGUUUCUAAGCACAACACUCAUUCGAUUGAAUUGAAUCAGCGAUGGACAGCG